CCUGCUGCCAUGCCGUAAGGGAGGAUAGGGGAACACAGGCAGGGGCCAGAGCACGGAGUACAUCCCUCAUCACCAGGACUCUGUUUGAGAUUUUCUGCUUUGCUCCGGGUGAAGGAAGGAGAGAGAGAGAGUGAGUGAGUGAGAGAGAGAAAGAGAGAGAGAGGGUGUGAGAUAAAUAGAGAGUGAUAAAGAAAGAGAGACUGAGAGAGAGAGAGAGAGAGAGACACUCUGCUUGCCUCUGGGGCGUUUUGUAAGAGAGAGUGUGUGUGAGAGAGAGAAAGAGAGGGAGAGAGUCGUCCUGAAAGGCAGGCUGGUAGCAUGCAGCAGGAGAGGGCUUCUCCAGACACACUGGUUGCUGCUGCCGUCCAGAAGGCUAGCUUACAGAGGGAAAUGAUUCCGCAUGAAGCUGACAGACGGCUCUCCUCCUCUCUCCACGACAACGCCGGGUGUGACUCGGGCUGCUCUCACGGCAACAGCAGGUGUGCCGCUCUCUGCUCUCUGCAGAGCCUGAGCCAGGCGUUGGACAGACGCUGAACUACCCCUUCCCUCCCUCUCUACCUCCUCCACCCUCCUACCUACCUACCUACCUACCUACCUACCUACCUACCUACCUACCUACCUACCUACCUACCUACCUACCUACCUACCCCCUCCAGUCUCCCAGUCUCCUGGUCCUACCCACCCACACAACCAGCAGGAGGGCCUACUCUGUCAACGAGGAAAAUCAGGCCAAGGAGAGAGAGAGAGAGAGUGAGCAAGCCAAAGACAGGAAUGAAAGAGAAUGUGAACGAGGCAGAGACAUAAACAGAGCAGAAAGAGAACUAGAGAGUUGGUGUGAAAAGAGAGACAGGCACACCUGCCGUUGCCGUGGGAGCAACGCGUGUCUAUGUGACAGAAAGUCUAGAGAGAAAAGACAACAGUAUGAAGUCCAACCAUGAGCGCAGCAACGAGUGUCUGCCCCCCAAAAAGAGAGAUUUCCCAGCCAGCACUGCAGAUGAGAGGCCCCUGUUGAUGGCGCCCGCCAGCGAGACCCAGCGAGGAGAGAACCUGGCAUGGCUGGCCAGCGUAGCUGGCGGGCACAACAGAGACAUUAGCGGAGGUAACGGGGAUGGCAGUAGAGGUGGGCAGCGUACCAGCACUCCCUGUGAGUCUGACGUGCCCCAAUACAAACCGCUAUGCUCCACCAUUACCACACACUCAGACUUCCUGGUCCCUUCCUCCAUCUGUUCCUCCUCUUCAUCACAUCAGUCCAGAGUGGUGACCACAUCGCUCCCUGCCAUGUACAGCUCUCCUCUGUCCCAACCAGGGGGGACCAUCCACUACACCCAGCUUCCCCACAACCUUCAGUUCAUCAGUUCCCCUUACACAGGCCCCUACGCUGGCUACCUCUCCUCAGCCCCCCCUCUACCCACCUCCACAUCCCAACGCUCCCACCCUGACCCCUACCCCAACACCACCAUCACCUCCAAGCUGGACCAGCACCACUCUGUGGGUCCGGGUCGCCCCCCACCACAGUCCCUUCCCCCAGGCCUGGCUGUAUCGGACACUGGCCCCCAGUACGUCCAGCUCUCUGGUUCCUCUCAGAGUGUGGCCCCCCGGACUGCCCCCUUGCCCCACGGAGGGACCCACCACCUGCACCACGACCCCCACCGCACCCUGGCCUUCAGCGGGGGCUCCCAGGUGCUGGUACAGUAUGCGGGCUCCGAGGGGCCCCUGACUAAGAGAGAGGAGGGCCGGCCCAGGGAGCUGCACAAUGGAGAGCUGGAGAAGAGGGGCCGCUUUGAGAGGAAGGAAAGCAAAGGAGCCCCAUCCUCAUCCUCCUCUUCUUCCUCCUCUUCCUCCCAUCACCAGCUCCACCAGCAGCAGAGCUCUCACCAUCACUAUGAGACCUAUACCUCCCAUGAUGCCUCAGGGCUACGGACCUCUCUCAUGCUCGUCCCCAACAGUCACGGAGGACAAGACCACCAGAGUCCCGAAAAACUACCCCUCUCCUCUGCCUUGCACCCAGAGAAAGGCAGCCUCCUCCUGGGUAAACCUGUGUACCGCACCUCCUCCUCCACCUCCUCCACGUUCACCUUCCCCCCUGCGCUCAAUGUGGAGAGUCUUAAGGCAGCCGUCAGCUCCCUGCCCCCCCACACUCACACAGUCAUCCAGCCCACACACAACGCCAGUGAUGCAUCGGCCCUCUCCCUGGGCCAACUCUCCACCAACUUCUACCAGGCUGGCCCCGGUGGGCAGCCCAUCAUCGGCUAUCUGUCUGGGGGUGCAGGGGGUCAACAGUACCACACCAGUCUGUCCCAGCACCUGCUCAUCCCAGGGGCCUCAGGGUCUCAACCUAUCAUCAUCCCCGUCAGUGGGGCCGGGGUCACCAACCUGGAGGCUGGCCAUACUGCCCACAUAGCCACCACAGGCCAACCACAGCCCUUCCCUGCCACACUCCCCCACGCCUACGUCGCCACCACCACCACUAACCCCAGAGAGGAGCAUCUAUUUGAGGUCCCGGCCCCGUACCCUCCGCUGUCCCACCCUGUUGGGGCCGGGGGGAGCGUGGUCCAGGCCCAGCUACACCUCCCGGUGGUCCCAACCCCCCAGGCCCCCUCCUCAGCCCCCUCAGGCUCCUCGCUGCCCGCCUACUUUAUCAAGGGCUCCAUCAUCCAGCUGGCGGACGGGGAGCUGAAGCAUGUGGAGGACCUGAAGACGGACGACUUCAUCCAGAGCGCUGAGAUAAGCAGCGAGCUGAAGAUAGACUCGUCCACCGUAGAGCGCAUCGACGACAGCCACACACCCAACUUUGCCAUCGUACAGUUCUCCGUGGGUGAGCACCGCGCUCAGGUGAGUGUGGAGGUGCAGGUAGAGUAUCCCUUCUUCGUAUUCGGCCAGGGCUGGUCGUCGUGCUGCCCGGACCGGACCACUCAGCUGUUAGAACUACCCUGCACAAAGCUCUCAGUGGGGGACGUCUGCAUCUCCCUCACCCUGAAGAACCUGAGGAAUGGCUCACUGAAGAAGACCCAGCAGACCCAGAACCAGGCCAUGGAAAUCACUACUAGCUGCAACAUGGGCUCCAUCCACGGGCCCCUCAAACCCUCCAGGUCUUCCCGGGGUGGAAGGGGGUCAGCCAGGCACGGGGAGCAGGAGAACGGGGUGGGCCAUAGAGGCUCCAGGGGAAGUGGGGGAAUAGUGGUUGAAGGUGUUCAGUUUGCCUCAGAGAAUGGGGAACUGAGGUUCGGCGUCAGGGGGGAGGCCAACCUGAAAGGAGGCCAGCCUGGAGAUUCAGAAUCCAGCAGGGGUGCCGCCAAGCCGGCGAGCCGCAAGAGGAGGUGGUCGGCCCCCGAGGGCCGUCAGGUGGAGAGGAGCGAGGAGGUGCCCCAGUUGACUCUACCCAAACCUUCCUUUAUCACUCAGGAGAAGGUUAGAACUACACAUCUAAUCCUAAACAAGGGGUCACCAGAUGCCUCGACACUCAUCCACCUAGACCACUCAGCUAGGUGAUGUCACCCAGCAGGGCCAGAGCAGCCAGGCGAGGUCACCAGGCCGCGCCACUGGGCCACCAUAAAGAGAGAACUCUUCCUUCCUUUGUUAUGUUUGGGUGACAGUGGAGUCAUUCUGUUAUUAUUCUUGAAACGUUCUGAGUUGAUAAUGAUAUAUUUAAAUGAGUGUCUAAAACUUUGAGGUCAGGGGUCACAUACUGUAUGUAUAGUUUGAUCCAGGGCGGUUAAGUAAAGUGUUUAUGUUAUUCCUUUAUACCCUACAUACAUUUACAAUCACACUGAGUUGAUGAACUAUGGGAUUAUUCAAAGGAAGAUGAUUUUUACUUGGUGCAACCUUUUCCUUUUCAUUCUAAUGGCAGAAAGAAAGAGCUUAUGUCUCAAAUGGUCCCCUAUUCCCUAUAUAGUGCACUGCUUUUACUAAGGCUCUAUCCUUAUGGGCCCUAGUCAAAAGUAGUGCACAAUAUAGGGAAUAGGGGCCAUUUGGAACGCAGUCAGAGAGUCACUGUUGAGUCUUUAGAGAGAGACAGCAUGUUGUCUUGAAGCACUUGCAUUUGCACACCUGUCACACUCACCAACUGUUGAUAACUCAACUAUUAUUAUUGUUAUUAUUAUUGUUAUUGUUAUUAUUGGUCUCUCUUCAUUAACACAGUACUGUAUGUUUUUGUUAUUUUACCUUGAGGAAGAAGUAGAACUCUGUGACAGCAGCACUUUAGAACAGUGAAGGGGUCAUCAUGAUUUCAUAGGGUAAUGAUGAUGUCAUGGGGUCACACAGUCACUUGACCUUUGACAGGGAUGAAUGUGACAGGUGAUGGAGCGAGUGCCAGUUAGGAGAGGGAAAGAAAGAGAGAAAGAAAACAGAGGAAUAUAGAGGAUAAUAUAAUAGCAGAAGAGUGUUUUUUUUUGUUAAUGCACUUUCCUCCAAUCAGAACAUGCUCUUCAAAAUAUGGAUGUGGUCAAAAAAUGACACAUAUCUGCCUUUUCAAGGAAAUCAAAAUGUCAAUGAAGUCCAAAAGGAUGGGAAAGGAUGGGAAUAGGCAGGAACUAUGUACAGGUAUGUUGUGGACGAGACUGAGAGAGAGUUAUAGACGCUCUGGACACAGCAUUUUUGAGGUGUGUCUUAUACAUAAUGUAUGUACGGGAAGUGUGCAUGAAUGUAGGUAUGUGUAAGUACACACACACCAGAGGAGGCUGGUGGGGGUAGUUAUAGGAGGACAUGUUCAUUGUAAUGGCUGGAAUGGAAUAGAUGGAACAGAGUCAAACACACUUUUUCCAGGUGUUUGAUGUGUUUGGUACCAUUGCAUUGAUUCCAUUCCAGCCAUUACAAUAAGCCCGUCCUCCUAUAGCUCCUCCCACCAGCCUCCUCUGACACACACACACACACACAAACACACAUGGAAUACAGUACCUACCCAGACAGGCCUCUCCUGAAGGUGAGGGAGGACUGUAUGUAUUUCAUACUCGUUGAUAAACGUUUAAUAUGUAUCCAAAUACUUUUGUUGCAUAGAUGUUUCCCCUUGAUGAUAUAGAGAAGCCAAUAUAUUUGAGUAGGAAACUAAGACGAUAGUGAUUCUCAGUGGUCUGUGCAGCGUGUGUUUGUUUGUGUGUGUGCGUGUGUGUGUGUGUGUUUGUAUAUGUGUAUAGAAAUAUCAUAUAAGUUAAUUUGAUAUAUCCAAUGUUAAAUGUCCAGGGUUCCUGUUUUUGGAGUUCUACUUAAGAGAAUCUUGCAAUUUGCACAUCUGGAGAGGUAGUCAGUUGGGUGACAUGACUUUUUGGCUGUGUCCAAAAUGUCGCCCUUUUCCCUAUAUAGUGCACUGACCAAAAGUAGUGCACUAUAUAGGGAAUAGAAUGCCAUUUCAGAUACAACUAUGUUUUCAGCCAGGUUGCACACACAAACACACACACUCACACAAACACACAGUGAGCUGAAACCAUAGAGAUAGGUAGAGGACUCAUCUUUGUAUCUGUGCCAUUAUAGUGUUUGUGGCAGCCUCAAUGGCGCUGUCCAUGCUAUCUCCAUUUUAAAGUAGUCAAUUUUCAUCUUCACUAUUGGCUGGUCCCUCCUGAUGACCCGGUUGGACAUGACUCCAACAGGGUCACCAGGAGGGAUCAUCCAAUGAAGUUGGACGUCCCACCCAGUUGACUACAUUAAAAUGUUGGAAUCCCUCAAUGGUGCUACCCAUGCUAAUACGACCUUUUGGCCACUAGAGGCCUCUAUCAUUCUCUAUGGCUGAAACCCCAUUUUACUGAAAUGUAGCAGUUACUUAACAAGUGCGCUCCCUGCUGAUUGGCUCCGACAAUCUUGACUCUGCUCCUCAUUGGACAACCACACUGUCAAUCACAUCUGUGGCAUGUCCAUGUCCCGCCCACUUGUUGGGGGUUUGGCUGAGAGACAAUGUGGAGGUGUGUUGGUCGGUCUUGGAGUCGGGGGCGGGGCAACCAGCAGGUACACCUGUUGAGCUCUCUGAUUGGACUAGAUUUUCAGGUGUGUUUAGGUGGUAUAAGAUGUGGCAGAGUAGGAGAAGUUUGUAGAAGUUGCUUCUAGCCACUGAUGUAGGUUCAGAUGUUUAGUUCAUCCCCCUAAAGGUUAGUGUUAGGUGUGGGUGUAGGGGAAUCUGAUCCUAGAUCUGUGGGUAAGAGGAACUCCUACCUGGAGGGCGUGUGCGGGUGAUUGCCGUGGUGAUGGACAGAUGGUUGUGUGACUUGGACGGAUGGAUGGAUGGAUGGAUGGAUGGUAAAGUCAGAUGGAUGGUGGUGGUGGUGGCGGGGAGUGAGUAGACAGCCUGUAUAAGAUUUGAAAAUGCUUUAUUGUUUUUAAUAAAACAGGUUUCUCAGAUCAACA